UCCUUCAAGGGGCUACCACUUGCCACUUGUGGAGGCAGUACCACGAUCAUGGGCUGUUCUACAGCUUCCCACAACCAUCAUCUACUGCUCAGCUGUUUGGCCUGCAGAGAUGGGCAAACAAAGGUAAAGCCUGAGUUUCCUUGUCCUUGCAGCACUGAAAAAGCUCAGAGGCAGCAGUGACCUGGGAGAGGAGCUGGAGGAGAUGCUAGCUGAACAGGCUGCUGCCAAAGGUCAGAGAGCGAAGAAGCCCUGGGAGCUGUUCCGAAACCCAGCAGUGAGGUGGCAGCUGAUAAGCAUCAUCGUGCUGAGCAGUGCCAUGCAGCUCUGCGGGAACGAUUCGAUGUACUUUUAUGCAGCUUAUGUGUUCCAGGAGGCUGGAAUUCCUCAGGACACAAUCCCGUAUGUUGUCAUCGGCACAGGGAGCUGUGAACUGAUCACGUCUGUAACUUGUAACAUGAUUAUAGACUACGCUGGCCGGAGGCCACUGCUGCUGGGAGGAUACAUCCUGAUGGCAGGAUGGGCCACCGUCUUCAUGGUCGCUCUGAGCCAGCAGGUAAUAAACUUCAAUGGAUUAUUUAAGAGAAAUGCAAUUGGCCUUUGCUUUUUAUGUGAUUGGGGUGUCGAGCGGUGGCCAGUAACAGUAAGUGCUCUGAUUGGCUUUUU